AUGACAGACGCUCCUGAGGCCUACGCGUCCACUUCUGCCCGCGACGCUCCCCCCGAAACCGCCUCCACCUCCAAAGCAGACACGCCGUACAUCAACCGCGAUGGGAAAACCGUAAGGAGGGUGCGUAUCUCUAAGCGUCGCCCUGCGCGCGUCCAAGUCGACCCGGCCACCUUCAAACCCGACGAACGUCCUGUGCAAACUGGUACCAUCUUCAACAUCUGGUACAACAAAUGGAGUGGAGGAGAUCGCGAAGACCCAUACUUAUUCAAGCGUCAGUCGCCCUAUCGAUGUGUCAUAUCCCGCGACUCUGGGUAUACACGGGCAGAUUCUAAUGCGGGGAGAACCUUCUGUCUCUACUUUGCGCGUGGUUCUUGUGUCAAGGGUGCCGAUUGCGAGUACUUGCACCGCCUACCGUCCAUUACAGAUAUUCCCCCCAGUAACGCUGAUUGCUUUGGUCGUGAGAAGGAGGCGACUUACCGUGAUGAUAUGGGCGGCGUGGGAAGCUUUGAGCGUAUCAACCGGACCUUAUACGUUGGCAGGAUUGCACUUAAGGGUAGUCCGGGUGAGCUUGAAGAGGCUGUUGCGAGGAACUUUGCGGAGUGGGGAGAGAUUGAAAGGACCCGAGUGCUAGGAGGAGGUCUGACUGCGUUUGUCACCUACAUGAACGAGGCAAAUGCCCAAUUCGCUCGCGAAGCAAUGGCCUGCCAGUCGAUUGGCGGUGGAGACGAGAAGAAUCCGGAGAUUCUCAACGUUCGCUGGGCCACCCCCGACCCGAAUCCAGCUGCCCAAGCACGCGAAGCACGUCGCAUCGAGGAGCUUGCCGCCGAGGCAAUUCGUCGAGCUCUACCAGCAGCCUACGUCGCCGAGGUCGAGGGCAGAGAUCCCGAGCAGACGAAGCGGAGGAAGAUAGAGGGCACACUUGGACUCGAGGGAUACGAGGCGCCAGACAAUGUAUGGUAUGCUAAGGAGAAGGGCCAAUUGGAGGCGGGUAAAGAGGAGUCAAAGAAGGAGGAGGUCACUCAGGGGAGGUCGCGAUACAUUCCACCUGGCCAUGAGUACAGAGAUGGCGAAUGGUACAAGAAUGGUGAGAGGCUCCUCAAGCCUUGGGAGCACCACUAUAUCAAGAACUUCUGGCGCAAGUCAAUUGAGAAACUGGAGGAGGAGAAGCCAUCGAUGUGGGAGGAGCUAGCUGAGGAGCGUAAAGGGCACAUUACGGACCUGCUGAAGAAAGAGAAGGAAGAAGAGGCCAGGCACCCUGACUGGUUCCCGCCACAGCACGCCCCCUGGCGCCCACCAAUGAAGAAGGUCCGUUUGGUGGAGUAUUCGGAUAGCGACGGUGACUAG